AUGCAGCAUUUGCCUUCGAAUAGGCAUGGAAGGCAUCGCGUGGUGGACGUGGCGAAGUGGAGAAGUCCAAUGGCGGCACGCUGCAGCGAUUCCUUGCCUGCACAUAUCAUUACGGCAUCCUCUACGGCUAUCAACAGCGCCCCAGCCACAACGGUUCCCACUGGACAAUCUCGUCCGCUGAGCACCAAAGACGAAAUUCGAGCAAGCUUGGCGGGGACACACGCUGUGACGAUCCUCGCCUGCUUCGCCAAUACCGAGCGGGCUCCCGCAUAUCUCAACGCCUGCUUGUUCCUAGGCACGAUUCACUUCCCGCUAUACUCCUAUCAGUGCAUCGCUGGAUCCUCCGGGAGGAAGCGUACUCCUUCUCACAUGUUGGUAUCUCGUGAUUCCAUAUUCAUCAAGAUGGGAGCUGAUCUAUGCAAGGCAAUCACCGCUCGGAGAAGGCGACAUCUUCUACCAGCACGGCUUCAAUAUCGCACCAAUUCCGGCACCUCUCCGCCUGAUCGUGGCACAACUCUGGCUGUAAAAGUACUGUCCUCACACGUUUGUGAUCUUGAUGACUUUGUGAGCGGCCUAGUUGCUCGCUCCGAGCAAAUCAAACAUCAACCCAACUCGACGGAUUACUUCACCGCCAGUCGGCCGAGUUGCCCUCCCCCCAUGCAGGGACGUAUAAGUCGCUUCGACUGCGGGGAGGGGGUAGAUGCCCGAUUUUAG